CGGCGUAGCUGGAGGUGCUUCUUGUGGCCAUGUGAAAUUAGUGAGAGAUGGCAGACGUUCAAACACCAAAUAUGAAGGUGCAGCGAAGUUACGGGAAGAACAAUCCAAAACCUCCCAAGCGCUCAAAGAUCUACUGUAUAUUAUGUCGUCGGAUUUAUUUAAAGACUAUGGGACAUGAGCAUAUGCAUAGCAUGCUGCAUCACAAAGAGCUUGACACGAUGUUGGGCAAGAAGGCCUCUCAUGAUUGCCAGGCAUGUCAGGUAAAGUCCCUGGGUUUAUCCGAGUACGAACUGCAUAUCUCAACAGCUCUACACAAAAAGCAGUUCAAGAGCUUGAUGAGCAAAAACAUUAAACCGCUCUCGCUGCACAAGACUCUGAGCAAAAAGACCAUCGACAGUAUUAUGGAGAGAAACAAGUUGCUAAAGCAAGAGAAGAAGAAAACAGAGAUGGAGAAGAUCAAAAAGAAACAGGACCAAAAGGCCGAGCGGAAAUGCCGGUAUGAAGAAAUGCAGAAGAAAGCUGCCACAAAGACUGUGUUGUUUAAGUGCAAGACACAGGAAAAAAACAAAGCGGUGCAGAACUUUGCUGCUGCAUCAAAACAAAUGCAGCAACAUCACUACACAGAAGGCAACAAUGCUGUUGUUCAAAACAAAGAGAAUAAACAGGGCAGUCUGCAAAUACAUCUUAACCAUGGAGAAUCAACUCUGCAGACUCAAAGGAGGGCUGGUUGUCAGUCAGAAGAAACUGCGGGUCUGUCUCAUCACCCGUACGUCCGUGAGCAGUUCACCCAAACAGCUUGUCAGAUUGGGUAUAAUGAGAAGUUCUCUGGCAACAACCCGGGGAGCCAAAUCAAAGCAGAGAGCUCCCAGACUGAUGGACUACCUAAAACCUCACAAAAAUAUCAAGGAGGUACCACUGACAAGCAACUGACAUUACCUACUGUGAGCCAGAAAAGCUAUCACAAGUCUAAUAAUGCACCAGAUAGAGACUUCACCAGGGAUAACCUCCCUGAGAAAGCAUCUGUUCUGUUUGAUCGGGACCAAGGUGAGACCCCAGCUUCCUUUCAGCCGCAAAGUUCGAACUGUUCAGAUAAUCCUGCUGCAGCAAAUAAAUCUAAUGGCACGGCUCCUGUACAGGAGCUAGACGUCAACUCCUUGCUGAAGCAAAUAAGGAGAGCGCUGGGUGUUAGGGAGCCAUGUAGGGCAGAUCGAGAAGCCCGGAAGCAAAACACUGAGGUCACUCUCCAGGCAGUUGGUCGCAGCGCAACAGAAGCUGAGGCAAAGCAGCCGGCAGGCACCUCCACAAGUAACCACAUCACCUCCUCUCUAGCUGCGCCACCUCCACAGGUCAACACUCCAGCUGCCACAGCCAAAUCUUCCAGUGUUGCUUCUGCUACAUCAAAACAGACAACUGCCAAAAUGAGACAGAAAAUGAGAGUGCACUGUAGGGAGAAGUCACCAGCGGUGGACGGACCGUCAGACAGCAGCGAAAAAGACUCUCCGGGUGGCAGUGAAGACUCUACUCUCAGCAGCUGCACGGUGACAUACUCUGAGCCUAACCUGAGCAAAGCCCCUAAGGUCAGAAUUGCCCACAAUUCACAAGUGGCUCAAGGGCAGAAAGUGGUUAGACGUAAGCCAAUUCACAAGCUGCCUAGGUCAUCAGGAGACAAGGGUAACGUGAGUUUGAGGCAGAUGUAUGACGACAUGAAAAAAAAGAAUAUACGAGGUGCACCCAGGUUUGGAAUUACAUUGGUACAGCAUCAGACUGACCCUGGAAUCUCUACGUGGAACGAUGAUCUACCUCUUUCCGAGGGCUUCCACUGGGACGCGUUGCCAGGCGGUGUUUCAGGCACAGAUUUGAUUUCACCGCCUCCAUCCCAUGAAAGUCUCCCAGAGACGCAGCCAGUUUGUCCGUUGCAGGAAUCUUUAGAGCAGCCGGAUGCAGUUCAAACACGUACGAGCAGUCCGACGGCAACAGGAGUCUCUGUGAAAAUAGAACCAAACUUGGAGGGUGUGAGCGGAGACUUGAGGGACGGGAUCAGUGCCAACAAGAGGAAAAACCCGGCAGUGACGGAGGAAGAUGGAGCCUCUGACAAAUCAGGUUUUGAAAAGAAGAAAAGAAAGUCAAACACGGGCCAAGAGCAACUGGACCAGCUGUUGGCCGUGUCUGUGAGGGAGGACGAGUUGAGCCACUCGUUGCAGGAUUUGGACAGGUCUCUGAUCCAGGCUCGCAACGUCUUGCAAGCGACGUAUGCAGAGGUCCAAAGACUGAUGCUCCUCCGACAGCAGUUUACAAAUGAGGUUGACACUCUGAGAACAAAGCGCAUCGAGAUCCUGCAGUCAAUGCAAGAAGGAUACUGUGGAGCAUCUAACGCUGCAGAAAGAGCUUCCACCUCGUCAGCAGGUCCUGCUGCUGCCGUACCUUCUGCUUCCCUUCCUUCAUCAACUGCCUUUCCCUCUUCCUUGAUCCAGCAAUCACCUGCCGCACCCUCAUCAUCAUGCAUCACCCAACCUCAAUUUCCUCAAACUCUGGCUGGUGUUCCAUUAAAAACAACAAUCGGCUCUCUGGCUCCAGCUGGACAGGCCAGCGUUUUUCCCCAAACAUCACCCUGUACCACCGAAGCAUCUCAAGUCCUUGUGAACCAGCCUGCACCAAUGUUUCCAUCUAGUCUGCUGCCCCUGCCGCUACUCGGACUGCCACAUGCCCCUACAGAUGCUCAACAACCUCCAGCAGGGAGCUCCACAUCACUGAAUUCAUAUUCUCCGGGAACAUCGGGCAGACAGAAGGAAGGAACUAAGGAGAGGUUAAAGAGCUCCACAAAGGCAAAGGUCCUGACAAAAGAAGCACCGUGUGCUCAGAAUGAAUCGGGAACAAAGACGGGUACAAGUGUAAGCAUAGGGAAAGUUAAAAGAAAAGAGUCUUCAUCUAGGAAAGUGUCUAAGGUAGUCGACGAAGGGAAUGAGAGCGACAAUUCAGUGGAAAUGGUCGAUAUCUCCAACAAGGAGGUCAUAGAUAUUGAAGAAUCAGACUGUGAGGAACCACCCGAGACAGAUGCUCCAGUGCAGCCUGAAGCUCCAGUGCAGCCUGAAGCUCCACAGAAGUCAGCUUGCGUAAACUUCAAUUCUCCAAGCAUAAAAAAUGAAACGAAAACGGAUAGUAAAAUUGAGCCUGUGGAGACGAAGUACGCCAAAGUUCCUGCAGAGCCGGUGGAGGAUCAGGAGUUAUCUGUAGGAUCCUUUUCAAGUCACUCUGGCUCCGUUCACGGCCUGCAGGUCCACAACGGCCUGUUGUACACGUGUUCAGGGGACAACACAGCCCGGGCCUACAGUCUGGCGAGCAGAGAGUGCCAAGCGGUGUUUGAGGGUCACACGAACAAAAUCAACUGUCUGCUUGUGUCAUCGCCUCCAAAUAUGCCGACACGUCUGUACACGGGGUCCAGUGACCACACCAUCCGCUGUUUCAGCAUAAAGUCUAAGAAAUGCCUCGAGGAGCUGUCUCUGCCAGACAGAGUGUUGUGUUUGCACAUAGCCUGGAAUAUUCUGUACGCUGGACUCGCCAGUGGAUCGGUCACCAGUUUUGAUCUUAAGACUGUGAAGGAGCUGGAUGUGUUUGAGUGUCAUGGCCCACGAGGGGUGAGCUGUCUGGGUACAACUCAAGAAGGCGCCCGUCGGUUGCUGCUGGUCGGCUCGUACGACACCACCAUCAGCAUUCGCGACGCCAAGAGCGGCCUGCUGCUACGCUCGCUGCAGGGUCACACCAAGACUGUGCUGUGCAUGAAGGUGGUGAAUGACCUCGUCUUCAGCGGCUCCAGUGACGCAUCUGUUCAUGCACACAACAUCCACACGGGUGAGUUGAUUCGUAUCUACAAGGGACACGGUCAUGCUGUCACAUCGAUUGCCAUUUUGGGGAAAGUGAUGGUGACGGCUUGUCUGGACAAACUGGUCCGAGUGUACGAGCUGCAGUCCCAUGACCGCCUGCAGGUGUACGGGGGUCACAGUGACAUGGUGAUGUGCAUGGCCGUACACAAGAGUGUGAUCUACACGGGCUGUUACGAUGGCACCAUUCAAGCAGUAAAACUCAACUUGUUUAAAAACCACCGCUGCUGGUGGCAGACUUGCCCUCUAACUUUCGGCGUGCCGGAGCAUCUCACCCAGCACCUGGUCAUCGAUCAUAGCAAUCCCAAUCUGCAGACGGUCAAAUGUCGCUGGAGAGGCUGCAACACUUUUUUCGCCACACAGCAGUCAGUCAAACAGGAGCUGCCUGCACACAUGCAAAACCACGUGGAGAACGACAGUAAGCUCCAUGCUUGACAGCAGUAAAGGUGAAAAUACUCUGGAGAUCAUCUGCUUGUUUUCAUCCGUUUCAUUUUUGGUUGUUUAAGAGCAUUCCCAUUAAUAUUACUGAACAGAUGCAGUGUUUGACUCAACACAUUCACUUUCUCUU